UAUAGUGAGCAUCUGCCUGCGGCCGACCUCUACUGGCGGCUUGGGACGGAGCUAUGUCUCACAGGAAGUUCUCCGCUCCCAGACAUGGGUCCUUGGGCUUCUUGCCUCGGAAGCGCAGCAGCCGGCACCGAGGGAAGGUGAAGAGUUUCCCCAAGGAUGAUUCCACCAAGCCUGUCCACCUCACAGCCUUCUUGGGCUACAAGGCUGGCAUGACCCACAUUGUCCGCGAGGUGGAUAGGCCAGGAUCCAAGGUGAACAAGAAGGAAGUGGUGGAAGCUGUGACCAUUGUGGAGACACCGCCCAUGGUGGUGGUGGGCAUCGUGGGUUAUGUGGAAACCCCUCGAGGCCUCCGCACCUUUAAGACUAUCUUUGCUGAGCAUAUCAGUGAUGAGUGCAAAAGGCGUUUCUACAAGAACUGGCAUAAAUCUAAGAAGAAGGCUUUCACCAAAUACUGCAAGAAGUGGCAGGAUGAAGACGGCAAGAGGCAGCUGGAGAAGGACUUCAGCAGCAUGAAGAAGUACUGCCAGGUCAUCCGCGUCAUUGCCCACACCCAGAUGCGACUGCUGCCUCUGCGCCAGAAGAAGGCCCACCUCAUGGAGAUCCAGGUGAACGGAGGCACGGUGGCCGAGAAGCUGGACUGGGCCCGCGAGCAGUUGGAGCAGCAGGUCCCUGUGAACCAAGUGUUUGGGCAGGAUGAGAUGAUUGAUGUCAUUGGGGUGACCAAGGGCAAAGGCUACAAAGGUGAGCUGCUGCGGUGGCCCCAGUGGUCAGGGGAGGAGGAGGGCUCUCGGGCCCAGCUGUUCGGUGAUGAGGCUCUGGAAUGAG